CUGAAAUCUCUGUCUUUACUAGCCAUUGAAGAUAACUAGAUAACUCUCAGCUGUGGGUCACUUGCCCUAAAAGGUACCCUGUUUUUAAUUUUCUAGUUGUUUUGUUUCAUUAUGGAGAUAGACGGUUUUCAGCAGUUAGACCUAGAGAAGAGUGUACCUUAAAAGACUACUCCUAGAAGGAUUAUCCAUUUUGUUGACGGAGACAUCAUGGAAGAAUAUAGCACAGAGGAAGAGGAGGAAGAAGAAAAAGAGGAACAAGAGGAGCAGAGCAUAAAUUCAACACUUGACCCUUCUAAACUUUCUUGGGGGCCCUACCUACGAUUUUGGGCAGGACGAAUAGCAAGCACCUCAUUUUCUACAUGUGAGUUCCUUGGUGGAAGGUUUGCUGUCUUCUUCGGUCUUACUCAACCUAAAUAUCAGUACGUGUUAAAUGAGUACCACAGGAUACAAAACAAGAAACGUGACAACAAAAGUGAAGGGAAUGGAUCAAAGGCACAGGCAGCUGAGGUUCCUAAUGAGAAGUGUCAUUUGGAGGCUGGGGACCGAGAGUAUGGGACCAUACAACGGGAUGCAGCAGAAGCCAUUCUUCAGUGAAGCACGUCAUCCAGGGAGGGUCUGGUGGCAGAGCCCAGCUCAGGAUGGCAGCAAAGACUAUAGUUUCCCUGGAUCUCUGUUCCUUGGCCAUUGGUUACCAUAGCAACAGCACCGCAGGUAGCACUUCUGAACCAGAUCUGAUCCUAAUCUCCAUGUGACUUAGUCUCAAGCAUCCAGGAAUUACAAGCAAUAAUGAGUGUAAUUUUGGACACUUUCUCAGUAUAAUUUUUAUGUGCA